UUGGUGGUUGGAAGCAGGUCGUGGAAAAUAAGGGUAGGCCUUUGUGGGGCGAUUCAAGUUGGAAUCGUAAAAGUGAGUUGGAAAAAAAGUGCCAGAAGCCAGUGUGACUUGGACGCAAGCGGAGGCGGUCGUCGGUGGGAGUUGUAACUUCAGCCAGAUAAGAGGAGCUGCUUUUUGUAGGUGUGGAGGAGCAGCAAGACGGAAAAAAUGUGUGUACCUCGAAAAAAAAAACAGUGAAAAUUGCGAGCUCUCGUUUGGAAAGCAGCGUGAAAUUUGCAUAAACUAACAAGACCACAAAGCCAACGGGAAGUGCACCACCAAAAUCAGAGACUCCCAAGAAGCAGCAGUCUUCCGCCCCACCAAAAAAAAAAAAAAAAAAAAGGAAGAGGACACACCACCACCCCUACAUAUUUAUGAUUAUCGUCCUGCUGCUGCUGUUCCAAUCGCUGUGCCUCUACUGCCAACGCCUGGUGCUCUACGUCCACGACCGAUGCUUCCCGAGGAACGUGCGCCUGCUGCAGGAGGUGGCCGAAACGGUGGGCGAUCGUAAGGCGCCACAGCGCCUGGCGGAGCAGCAGCUGGAGCAACAGAAGCGCAGCCAGAAGCGUCGCAUCCUCGAACCAAUCCUUCCGCUCGUUGGUGGCCUCAAUUCCGAGGCCUGUCGAUUUUGUGCUCACAGUCCGCAGGGCUACUGUCGCCAUCACUUCCAUCUGCAGGAGCUGCAGCUGCACAGGCAGAGGGGUUCCGGUGGUGAGCAGGAUUUCCGGCAGAUUCGCCGAAUCAAGCGGGAGCUAAAGCGGACUCUUGGCCAGCAGCAGCAGCAACUGCAACCGACGAGAAGCUAUCGUCCAGUCCGACUGAGUGCCAGCUGGAGCAGCAGUUCCCUGAGCAGUGGUUACGCUUCACUGACCAGCGUUGGAUCGCAGGAGCAGGAGGAGGCGUCCUUCGAUCAGGAUAUUAUUGAGGACGUUCCACUGGAGGAGGAAGCGGAGCUGCAGGACCUGCCGCAGGAGGAUAUCCAACAGCCCCUACUAACCACUUACUUGUAGAUAAACGCCUCUUGGUCUCAUCCUUGCAUAAAGAAUCAUCCACUUGGAGUUCGUCUGGAGAACUGAAGAACCCUUCAUAAAAACUAUGCUAUAAAGAUGUAUUGAAAAAAAUUGUAUAACAUAGUUAACCACCAGAGAAACGAAAGAACAAACAACUACGAGCUAAAGACGCCACCCCUGAAGCCGCUCCUUGAACGAUUUCAACAACUUUUGAGACCUGGAGAAGCUCAUCAACCCCAGGAAGCCAACCCUAUUGAAAACUUAACCCCCCCCCCCCCUCCCAACAGUUCGAAGGGUUCCCUUUGUCAAAUUGAUACAAAUUGAGAAGCGAAAAAAUUUCUAGUCGCAACACAAUGUCUGAUGUUGAAGUGGAUCCACAGCAGGCUCACCCCCAUCCCAUAGCGGCAAUUGCCCCGAGGAGACGUCGUCCAACCGGUCGACGAGGAGGAGUAACAGGAGGGUUGUCGUCCGGUUCACUGGAUGCAUCAUCUUCCACAUCGCCGCCACCCCGUUUCUGUCCGCUGCCCAAUGGCGUUGAGGAUAACUGGACGUGGAGCAAGCGGCACCGCUCCAAGGAAGUGGUGCUCAGAGGACCCAACUCGCGGACCGUGCACUUCCAUCCCAACUGGAGCAAGGGCACUGCCGGUGUCCAGGGCAAAAGAUCCCUGAAUAACGGACGGCAUUACUGGGAGCUUCAUGUCUCGCAGCGCGUCUUUGGCACCUCGAUAAUGUUCGGUAUCGGUACCAAGUCGGCACGGCUACAUGCCAACGCCUUCCGGAACAUGCUGGGCGAGAACGAACACGGCUGGGGACUGUCCCACAAGGGCGUGCUCUGGCACGAGGGCGUGGCCCUGCUGUACACGAAGCGGUUCCGCGAGAAUCAACCCACCCAAAUUGGCGUUCUCUUCGAUGGCAUUGAGGGCACACUCACCUUCUACAAGGAUGGCAAGUGCCUGGGCGUUGCUUUCCGCGGAUUGGAUCAGAUUGAUGAGCCCCUGUACCCCAUCGUAUGCUCUACUGCCGCCAAAACGGAGAUGACCCUAAAGUGCACCAGGAGGGAGUUCGUCAACCUACAGGAUCGCUGUCGGGCGGUGAUCAUGCGCCGCGUACGAAGCGCUGCGCAGCUGGAGAAGCUGAAGCUGCCGCUGCCCAUCGCCGACUAUCUGAGCGAGGUGAUCGACGAGAAGAAGCCACUGCGUCAGGUAGACAACUACGAUAUACUGUGUGAUUUGUAGAGCUCGGAUCGUGUCCGGUCAACGUAAGCUAAGUUUAUAGAGUACGUCCUCGCCCCCAGGUGAAUCAGCUGGAGAUGUGCAUUAUGAAUUACGAUUUGUAUGAGGCCCGUGAAUGAUUUUAGUGCCAUCACAUAUUGGAGUGCCCAAUGACUACCAGACGAUGCAGUGGCUCCUCUGGGACGUGUGCAUUUCUCGUAGUAGCUUUAGAGCGUGCUAAGUUUAAGCAUUCGGAAUUUGUGUGGAUAAUAGUCGUCCGACCUUUUGAUUUGUCUUCAUUUGUAGCGAAAAUGUGGGAAAAUAGGCCAAUUUGGUGCAAUAUUUGUGAUAUAAGAAAUGAGAAAAACGUUUUUCGGGGCUUCAAGUGCUUGCUAGAAAAUCGCAAAAUAAUCUAGAGCUAAGCAUAUUUUUCGGUACAGACGAGUGUGAAAUCUAGUCAAAAAGAACACGCUGCUAAACUAAUUUUGUAAAUUCGCAGACAGCAAUUAAGGCCUAAGUACUGUAAUGUAACAAAAUGAAAAUGUGUCUAGUCAUAAAUUGCAUAUAAAGCAAAGUGUAAUUUAGUAAAAAUUAUUUAGUACGCUUUAUGUAGAUUUUUGUUUCUGUUUAUAUAAAUUACUACACAUAAUGUAAUUGAUACAUGACGAAACAAACGAAAUAGUAUUGAAAAUUAAAUUCGUAAGAAGUGCUCAAAAGAAUUUGGCGAUAUUGAUUUGCAAUUGUCACUUGAAUUUACAUAAAUAAACAUAAAUUUACUAACU